AUGCAUUCUUCUUCUUCGUCCAUCAUCACCUCACUGGAAGAAGAAGAAGAGAAGAAACCUCCUGCUCAUCUACUUCAAUAUCAUCAACAUCUUCAUCAACAAUCGAUUGAAGACGUCGGAAGUGUCACCUCAUCUGCCACGUUGCUUCUUCUAGACUCCUCGACUGCCACGUGGAUGAUGCCGUCCUCGACGACUCAACCUCACAUCUCGGAGAUUAGCAGCGGAAAUGAGUGUGCUGCAUGUGCACAGCCUAUACUUGACAGAUAUGUAUUCACUGUUCUCGGAAAGUGUUGGCAUCAAUCGUGUCUUCGAUGUUGUGAUUGUCGUGCGCCGAUGUCGAUGACUUGUUUCAGUAAAGAUGGUCUCAUUCUAUGUAAAACUGAUUAUUCAAGGAGGUACGGUCAUCGAUGUGCAGGAUGUGAUGGGAAACUAGAAAAAGAAGAUUUAGUGAGGAGAGCAAGAGACAAAGUAUUUCAUAUUCGAUGUUUUCAAUGUUCAGUGUGUCAAAGGCUCUUAGAUACUGGAGAUCAAUUAUAUAUCAUGGAAGGAAAUCGAUUCAUGUGCCAGAACGAUUUCCAGACGGCAACCAAAACAUCAACGCCUACAUCAAUGCAUAGACCAAUAUCCAAUGGAUCCGAAUGCAAUUCCGAUAUGGAAGAGGAUGCUGUGGAUGCGUGUGAUGAUGUUGGUCUCGAUGAUGGAGAAGGUGACUGCGGAAAGGACAAUUCAGAUGAUUCGAAUUCAGCGAAACGACGUGGUCCUCGAACUACAAUUAAAGCUAAACAGCUAGAAACAUUGAAAAAUGCAUUCGCUGCAACACCUAAACCAACUCGACAUAUCCGUGAACAACUUGCCGCCGAAACGGGUCUCAACAUGAGAGUCAUUCAGGUUUGGUUUCAAAACCGUCGAAGCAAAGAACGCCGAAUGAAACAGCUCCGUUACGGUGGAUAUCGUCAAUCUAGAAGACAACGACGAGAAGAUAUCGUCGACAUGUUUCCGAACGAUCAACAGUUCUAUCCUCCACCACCUCCAUCAAAUGUUCAAUUCUUCUGUGAUCCAUAUUCGAGUCCUCCGAAUAAUGGAGAGCAAAUGCAAAUGACUCCACAAUUCGCUGUUCCUCCAGAAGCAAUGAGUAUGGUUCCAGAACCAUACACAGAACCAUCAGCAACACCUCCAGAUUUCAAUGAAGAUGCAUUUGCAUGCAUCUAUUCGACAGAUUUGGGAAAGCCAACUCCAGUUUCUUGGUAG